AUGGCACAACCACGCCGGAGACACCGAACAUCGGAUGCGACCCAUCCCGCUUCCCAAGCCUUCGACCUAAGGAACUUGGAAUCGUUACUUCGGACGCGUACGACCCGACGACAAUGGUUCAUCGCAGCUGUGACCUCCCUCGUUGUGGUCGCUCUCUAUCGGAGUGGAUCUUCAACAAGAAAACACCACCGAUUCCUCAAGUACGAUCGGGAUAGAGGAGCGGAGAGGCCGACGUUCGCUGCGUUGCCUGAGUUGAGCGACAGGAGGAGGCUGUGGCCACCAGACCUGAGUAGGUCUUUGCUUUCCGCGCGGGAAUGAGGUGUACUUGAUCUGCAUACGUUAUCAGGCAUUGCAUUUUACUGCGAUGGCAAUCCAUCGUACGGCACGUGACCGGUCGAGUUGGUCGAUUCUCGCUGCGGAGUGCCACUCGCACUCUGAUCCUCCCCCGACCUCUGCACCCGGCAUCGCUGAAACAUGUCCACAAAUGCCGAAGCACACAUAACUGACGCCUUUCAUCUUCUUCGAUUGGAUCCAGAUGGCCCCAUUUGUCAACCCAAGAUCUACGUAAGCACUCCUUCGUCUUUUUCCCCACAUCUGCCCCCACACGUGAAUCCUGAUACUACCAUACUCGACCCCUGCAACGACAGGUUUACGACCUCCCUGCCGCACUCGUCCUACCCGAAGCGACGAUUUCUCAAUGCCGCUGGUCGGCGUACAACUCGGAGCUAGCCCUCCAUUCCCUCCUCACUUCUCCGGACGGUCCAGCCUACCCCCGCUCACUCCUCACCACGGACCCAGCCUCAGCGGACCUCUUCUUAAUCCCCAUGUUUCCGGCGUGUUACCUCUUCGAUUGUUGGGUCAAAGCGGGUUGGAUCAAGACGGAACGGUGCGACGUCGAUGCAUCUUACAUUCAACCAAUCAUGGACUACAUCUUCACCUCACCCGAGACGAGCGAAUACUGGCAGCGUAGUGAUGGCGAGGAUCACCUCAUUUUCCAUCCUAUGGAUCACGGAGAUGGGUACUACACCGAGAAGUCUCGUGCGGCAAUGAACUCGAGUAAUUACCUCGUCACUGUGGGCGAUCUUCGACCCCCUCCUUACUCGAAGCAUUUCAGACGGUACAAGGAUCUCGUCAUCCCUUCUUCGACGCAUCUGCUCAAUUCGUACUACCUCAACCCAAUGGACUACCUCGACGAGUCAGGAAACCCUUUGUCGACGCCGAGGGAAGCUACUGAUCCCAAGAAACCGACCCCACCUCGAACUCGGGCAGAGAUCUUUGUCCCCUCCGCUCUCGCUCCCGCUUCAGGCUUCAUCUCUCGCUUCUUCUCGUCCUCCUCCUUCAAACAAGCCAAAAUCGCAGCCUUCUCACGCUCUCAUCGUCCCACCACAGCGAUCUUCCGAGGUGGAGUAGGCGAAGCAAAAGAUGGGGAGUCGUAUGCUUUGGGUAUCCGCUCCCUCUUCUUCCCUUCCGAUGGGGAUCCCACAACCCCUCCCUUUUCCUCCUCGAUCCAUGCCGGUUUCUCCUCCCUCCCGGACUACGACCUCGCUCUCCAAUCCGAGAACCACGAUUACGCCCUCGCAUUAUCCCGGGCUAAAUUCGGCCUAGCCCCACCCGGUUACACCUUGGACACGACGAGGAUUUACGAAUACCUCGCUUUCGGCGUCGUCCCCGUCUUCAUUGGGACGGGACAGAUCGCGGGUCAAGUCCUUCCGUUCCAGAACGAUGUAGAUUGGUCAUCGUUCUCGAUUGAGAUCCCGAGGGAUCAAGCGCAUCGAGUCCCGGAGAUCUUGCAAGGUAUUCUGGACGAUGGAAGGAGGUACGAGGAAUUGAGGGAGAAGGUUUGGCAAGUGGGGAGGUUGCUCGUGCUUGAGCAGGGGCAAGGGAACGUUUGGAAGUGGUUGGCGAGGGAUUUGUGCAGGCUUAGACGGAUCGGUACAGGCGCGGGCCCUGAGAUCGCCAACAAUUGA